CGUCCGUUGUCGAGGGUGGUUCGUUUGAGCUGCGUCUUUUCUUACGUGCUUUCACGUAGCGUAUUCGUAUCGUUGUGUGUACACCCUAUGUUUCUGAACAUAGUCCAGCAUUCUCGUCGUACUCUGUGAACCGUAUGUGCGUUGUUUCUCCUCCCGGUAUCACUAGUUUUUCAUUUUUUUCAACGGGAUCUUUGUGAAACGAUCCCACGAAACUGUGCAUCGAACGACUAUCGAAGAAGAAAAAGUGACCAGUGCGCGAAGUGUGUGUGCGCGCCGACGACUGUACCGUCGCGUACCCACUGUGUUUUUGCUUUUUCUCUUUUCGUCGCUCGAGAACCUAACCUCUCCCCAUCAGGCCCCCUCCCUUUUCUCGUUUCUCGACGAUCGUACGGUUUUUUUCUUGUUGUUCUUUCCUUGGGACCAGUGAAUAAUAGUGGAUACUGGCUAUGACCUGGGAUACUGUUGGAUAUACCUGAGGAUAACGGAGGACAUAUCCAUUACUCCUGACAGGACUUCGUCGUGACUGGAGGGAGCCAACAUAACCUCUUCGAAGGGCUCUGACGAUAAGAUGUACCCCAGUGCCGGUAUAAACGCGGCGGCAGCUGUGGCUGUGGCAGCUGCGGCACGGCACCCGGGUCCACCGCAACCUGGACAACAAAUUAAAUUCACUGUCGGAGAGUCCUGCGACAGGAUUAAGGAGGAAUUUAAUUUCUUGCAGAACCAAUGCCACGCAUUGAAACUCGAGUGCGAGAAACUGGCCACAGAGAAAAUCGAGAUUCAGCGACAUUACGUGAUGUAUUACGAGAUGUCCUACGGCCUAAACGUGGAGAUGCACAAACAGGCUGAAAUUUCAAAGAGACUGAAUGCCAUCAUUCACCAAAUCCUGCCAUUUCUAUCUCAAGAGCACCAACAGCAAGUUGCAACCGCUGUCGACAGAGCUAAACAGAUCACCAUGACGGAGCUAAACUCAAUAAUAGGGUCUCUAGUAAUACAGAUACUGCUGCAAGUCAUUUGCCAAUUUCUUAUGCUAGUCCCGGUUUUAUUAACUCCAUAUAUCUCCUUCAAGGAUCUACUAGCCUCACUCAAAACGUUGAGCGCUGUAUCGUCACGAGACAGGCACAUCCUCUCUUCACCCCAGCCGUGUGUCUCCUACGAUGGACUUCCGGCGGAAAACGUUUUCCUCAUACUUAUAGGCGGCCACAGUCCACGUCACUGGCACGGUUGCCAGGCAACAAAUUUUUCCGUGGGCCGAUACGAUCGAGCGUUGCCUCGAAUCGUGCUCGCGAUCUAUUCACGCGCGUUCCAGCUCGUGAACCGUGUGCCGAGCUACGCGCGAACCGUAAUAUUCGUCACGUUACAGAGGAGCUCGAUAUCGCCCGGUGAUAAAUACAGUCGUCCCCGCACGCCGCAGGAGACCCACCAUACCCAUCAUUCUCAGAAUCACCACGAUCAUCCCAUGCACAUCAAGAAAAUGAAAAAAGAACAGGACAAAGACAUCGGCCACAGCGACGGUGAGAAAAGCGAUCAGGAUCUAGUCGUGGACGAUGCCAGCGAGGGACCAACCAGCCCAGUAGUAAACGGUACAACGUCACCCCGAGAAAACGGUCUGGACAAGGUUGUACCAGCCAUGGGUACUGGAAUACAGACCAAGAAAGACGUGCCACCUCAUUCGCCAAGGAGUGGAACGAGUAGCAACGCGAGCACACCGUCAGCCAAGAAGAUGGAGGAACGAGAGAAACCGACUACUCCGAUCUCAAAGCCUUUGACGCCGACGUCUGGCUCGGCGAUCGGCGGUGGCGGGCUGAAACCCUCGGUUUCAGGCAAGCUACUUCAGGGACCACCGCCUCCCGGUGUGCCAAGCGCCUAUUUGCCUCACUAUCCUCCGGGGCCGCCGUCUCACCAUCUGGCACCAGCUGGCCAACAUCCUCACGUCGACAUGAUGGGCUACAACGGCUACGUGGCGCCUAGAGCACCGCCUUCGCAGCUCUACGAUCCCCACGUGGCGAUGAGGACUCCCAUGGGAUCGGUCGCAGUACCCGGAGGCAAACCUGCGUACAGCUUCCACGUGUCGAGCGAGGGCCAGAUGCAGCCGGUGCCCUUCCCACCGGAUGCGCUGAUCGCGCAGGGGAUACCGCGUCAUGCGCGGCAAAUUAAUACCCUCAGCCACGGGGAGGUCGUGUGCGCCGUCACGAUCUCGAAUCCAACCAAGUACGUGUACACGGGCGGCAAAGGAUGCGUCAAGGUCUGGGACAUCGGGCAGGGCGGCACAGGAAGCAGCAAGUCCGUAUCGCAGCUCGACUGUCUGCAGCCUGAUCACUACAUCAGGUCAGUGAAGCUGUUACCGGAUGGCAGGACCCUGAUAGUUGGCGGUGAGGCGAGUCGGCUGAGUAUCUGGGAUCUUGCUGGUCCAACACCCAGGAUCAAGACCGAAUUAACCUCGGCCGCCGCUGCCUGCUACGCGCUCGCCAUCUCGCCGGACUCGAAAGUCUGCUUCAGCUGCUGCAGCGACGGCAACAUCGCCGUCUGGGAUCUUCAGAAUGAGACGCUGAUCAGACAGUUCCAAGGUCACACGGACGGCGCGUCCUGCAUUGACAUAUCCGCGGACGGCUCGAAACUGUGGACCGGUGGCCUGGACAACACGGUCCGCUCGUGGGAUCUUCGGGAAGGCAGACAACUCCAGCAACACGACUUUACCUCGCAGAUAUUCUCCCUCGGCUACUGCCCGACCGGUGAGUGGCUGGCGGUUGGAAUGGAGAACUCGAACGUCGAGGUGCUACACGCCACCAAGCCGGACAAGUAUCAGCUUCAUCUGCAUGAAUCCUGCGUGUUGUCACUGAGAUUCGCGUCCUGCGGCAAAUGGUUCGUCUCCACCGGCAAGGAUAACCUUCUGAACGCGUGGCGCACGCCCUACGGAGCAUCGAUAUUCCAGUCGAAGGAAUCGUCCUCGGUGCUUAGCUGUGACAUAUCCGCGGACGACAGGUACAUCGUGACUGGUUCCGGUGACAAGAAAGCGACCGUAUACGAGGUGAUGUACUGAACGGAGGCACAACCGGAAGCCGGACUGACUCAAUCGAGAGGGCUCUCUUCGACGUGGGUGUAUAUAUUUCUUAUACAACAUUAUGAGAGACUUUGUUGCCAUUAUUCUUGUUAUUGUUGUUAUUGUUACUCCUGGCGAGGCAAGGAUCACCGCGAGAACGAGCCAAACGAACCGGGAGACCGCGCACGUGUACCAAUUAUCGUGAGCGAAACGCGUCCGGUAAAAACGAAGAUAUCGAUGGAAUCGUUCGAUCUAUCACAGUUGAUUCGACGAGAGGUUAAUCAAGGUAACCGCCAAAUGGACAACGAAGGAAAUUACACUUGUUUUCUUUCCUGUCCGAAUUGAUCUAUUAAAGUCGGGACCGGUCGAGUUUUCCAAAGAUAAAUGUCUCUCAUCGGGUGUCCAGGAAAUCGGUUCGUUCCGCUCGUUGCACGCGUAAAUCUCCGCCGGCGGCGAGAUCGCGUGUUAAUUAGAAUAAACGCUGGCAUUCGUAAUCGCGUUUUCCCCCACUUGUACAUUUUGUAUAUACGUAUACAUAUUAUAUGUAUAUAUAAAUAUUAUAUAUCAGUCUUUAAGCAUACCGUCAUAUUUUUCUACGUCCCCUAACAGUGAGACGACAGGCGAACUAAUGAAACGAAAUUGUGUAAAUAUUGUCAAGGCUUAGAAGAUAUAAGAGAAACGAGACGAGGGAGGAUUAAAUAAAAAGUGAUA